UUACAAAAGUCCACCGCGGAAUUCCAAUUUCCAAUAGGCGGACUUUUUUCCCAGAGAAUCACCGAGAACUGUUGGAAAUCUUGCCGGCUUCCAUUUCCUUUUUAUUCCAAAUUGUAUCUCUGGUAAAAAAAUUCCGUUACAGAUCUGAAAAGAAGACGAAGCUCCAUUCAUCCCCCAUCGCAGUUCGCUUUUCUUCUCUCUACAUUCGCAAACCCUAUCGCGCUUCGCGGCCAUGGUUUUUAGCCACCCGGUCGUUUUUGUUCUCUCCACUUUCCUCUUCAUAUCCGGGCUCGGCGGUGGAGCUCUCGGCCUAGCGGAUCCGGAGCCGUUCGACCCGACUAAAGUCGUCCAACUCUCUUGGAAACCGAGGGCGUUCUUGUAUAAGGGAUUCCUAUCCGAAGAAGAAUGCGAGCACAUGAUUGUUCUGGCGAGGGAUAAAUUGGAGAAAUCUAUGGUUGCGGAUAAUGAUUCCGGAAAGAGCGUGAUGAGUGAGGUGCGGACGAGCUCGGGCAUGUUUCUCGAGAAACAUCAGGAUGAAAUAGUUGGACGAAUUGAGAGAAGGAUUGCUGCAUGGACCUUUCUUCCUGAAGGUAACAUCUACAUUUCCUUUUACAGUAACUUUCCUCUCCAUAACCACAUGUUAACCGUAAAUAUUCUACCACUAGAAAAUGGAGAGGCAAUGCAAAUACUACAUUACGAAAAUGGCGAGAAGUAUGAACCCCAUUAUGAUUAUUUUCAUGACAAAAACAACCAAGCUCUGGGUGGCCAUCGAAUUGCCACUGUUCUUAUGUACCUAUCUAAUGUUAUUAAGGGCGGAGAAACUAUUUUCCCAAACUCACAGGCCAAAUUGUCUCAAGAAAAGGACGACUCCUGGUCUGACUGUGCCAGAAAUGGUUAUGCAGUGAAACCUGAAAAAGGUGAUGCGCUGCUGUUCUUCAGCCUUCAUCUAGAUGCAACGACGGAUCCUGGAAGCCUGCAUGGAAGUUGCCCUGUAAUAGAAGGCGAGAAGUGGUCUGCAACAAAAUGGAUUCAUGUGAGAUCAUUUGAUAAGCCAAAUAAACGAAGCCUGGGCGGAAAAUGUGUUGACGAGAAUGAGCUCUGCUCCAAGUGGGCUGCGCUUGGGGAAUGCAGUAAGAAUCCAGUUUAUAUGUUAGGCUCUAAGGACUCCCGAGGCUUCUGCCGGAAGAGUUGUAAUGUAUGUUAAUGAGAAUAAACUUGCUCUUGCGGAUGUCAUCGUUUUGAUUGUACUUUGAAGAGUUCUUAAUCUGAGCAGAAUUUUUUUUUUUCCUGAGCUAAUUAUGAGCUUCUGCUCAUGACUGGAAAAGGUGUACAAAAGUAAAUUGUUCGGAUCAACCCGUUUAACAAAAA